AUGUCGCACAUUCAAAACAUCACGAUAAUAGGGUCCGGGGCCAUCGGUGCCUCAUGGGCAGCCCUUUUCCUGGCGCAAGGUCUCACCGUCACAGCCUUCGACAUCAACCCCGCUGCCGAGACAUCCCUGAGGACAUUGGUCCAGGGCGCCCUACCCGUCUUAUCAUCUAUUGGGCUGGUCAAGAAACCAGAUGUGAAGCCGGAGGAUAUCAAGUUCACCACGGACAUGGCUGAGGCCCUACGAGACGCCGACUUUGUCCAGGAGAACGGACCCGAGCGACUCGACUUCAAGCGCAACCUGUUCAACGACAUGGCGUCACACCUGAAACCGGAGGCGAUCAUUGCUACGAGUUCAAGUGGUCUGACGUGCUCCUCGAUACAGGAAGGCAUGGAGGCAGCAGCGAGACCACAGCGUUGCAUUGUCGGACAUCCCUUCAACCCUCCUCAUCUGAUCCCCUUGGUUGAGGUUGUCGGUGGUGGGCAGACCGACCCCGAGGUCAUCGACAAGACCAUGGACUUUUAUAAGAGUAUGGGCAAGAAGGCGAUACAUGUCAAGAAGGAGGUGGUCGGACAUGUCGCAAACAGACUGCAGGCUGCCCUCAUCCGCGAGGUGCUCUACGUGCUGCAGGAGGGUGUAUGCGAAGUCAGUGAUAUUGACGACGCUGUAUCAUACGGCCCCGGCCUUCGAUGGGGGAUCAUGGGUCCAAGUUUGUUGAUGCACCUUGGGGGUGGAGAGCGGGGCAUUGAGCACUUCGUGGAUCAUCUGCUCGGUCCCCUGCAAACAUGGUAUGCGCCAAAGGACCCCGUGGUGGACGAAGAUCUGAAGAAGAAGUGGAUCGACGGCACAUGGAACCAGAUCGGAGGCAGAAACUACCAUGAUCUGGCGAAGCAGCGCGACGAGGAGUUGGUAAGGUUGCUCAAUGUCAGACAAGAGUGGGAUUCCUUUGCACAGGAGGCGAAGGAGAAGCGGGAUGUAUAG